GAUUAGAAUGAAAAAUCUCCUCAAAAGAUAUUUUAAAUUUCCUGAAGACCAAAAGGGAGAUCUCAUUGCUAUUUAUAGUCUCAAAACCACAGGUUACUAGUCAUACCAUCUUCCUACUAAUUUAUGCAACCAUGGAGAAAGCAUUCGCCUCUUGUCUAUUAACACUCUUGUUGCUUCACUAUGCUAUGGCUAGUUCAGCCAUGACUCAUACCAACAUUACCACUGAUAAAUUAGCUCUUCUUUCCCUAAAAUCCCAAAUCAUUUCGGACCCCUUUCACUUCUUGGAUGAAAGCUGGUCUCCAGCUAUUUCUGUUUGCCAUUGGGUGGGAGUCACUUGUGGUUCUCGUCACCAAAGAGUGAAAUCCUUGAAUCUUUCUAACAUGGCUCUUAGGGGCGGUAUCCCCCGUGAUUUUGGAAACCUCACAUUUCUUGCUACUCUUGACUUGGGAAGCAACAAUUUUCAUGGCAAUUUGCCUCAAGAAAUGGCACGCUUGCAUCGACUUAAAUUUCUUGAUAUAAGUUUCAACAAUUUCAUAGGGGAGGUUCCUUCUUGGUUUGGGUUUUUACACGAACUUCAAGUUCUAAAUCUUGGAUAUAAUAGUUUCACUGGUUCUAUCCCUUCUUCAUUUUCUAAUAUUUCUACACUUGAAACUUUGAAUCUGAGAUCCAAUUUCAUAGAGGGUCAAAUCCCAAAAGUGAUUGGAAGUCUCAUAAACCUUAGAGAGUUAAACUUGAGGGAUAACAAGCUCAUAGGCUCUAUUCCUCUGUCACUCUUGAAUGCCUCAAGGUUGGAGUAUUUAGAUAUAUCUGUUAAUUCACUUGAAGGAAACAUUCCAGAAGGGAUCGGCAAUCUUAACAACUUGAACGAGUUGGGCAUACAAUUUAAUAAGCUUACAGGCUCUAUACCAUUGUCAAUUUUCAAUAUUUCUAAAAUCGAAGUCAUUGCAUUCACAGGCAAUAGCUUAUCAGGAAUUCUUCCAAAUGGUUUAUGCAAUCAUCUCCCAAUACUCAAAGAGCUUUAUCUACACGAAAACAAUUUUCAUGGUCAUAUGCCUACAAGCUUGUCAAAUUGUUCAGAACUUCAACUAUUGGAUUUAUCAGUAAAUGAGUUUGAUGGACCAAUACAUAGUGGAAUUGGAAGAUUGAGUAACUUGCAGAAAAUGUCCCUCAAAUAUAACCAUUUCACAGGAAUAAUUCCGAUCUCCAUAUUUAAUAUCUCCUCACUGCAAUAUUUGAUACUACGACGCAACAAUGUUAGCGGAUACUUACCACAAGAGAUUGACAAUUUAACCAAGAUACAGAUGUUAGAUCUUAGUGAAAAUAUUCUUAUUGGUGAAAUACCCAAAGAGAUAAGCAACCUUAUUGAGCUGGAGGGAAUCGAUCUUGCGUAUAAUAGUUUUAGUGGUUCACUUGCAAUGGAAAUCUUCAACAUAUCAGGGCUGAGAAAGAUUUCUCUUUCAUUCAAUGAUCUAUCAGGAACUAUACCAUCUAACAUAGGUUCUGUCUUACCCAACAUUGAAGAGCUUUAUUUGAUGGGCUUAACAUAUCUUGUUGGGACUAUACCUCAUUCUAUUUCCAAUUGUUCAAAACUAACUAUUCUAGAGCUUUCAUACAACCAACUCACCGGCUUGAUUCCCAAUUCUCUUGGAUAUUUGACUCGUCUACGGAAACUAAACUUGGAGUCAAACAAUUUAAAUAGUGACUCAUCGUUAAGCUUCCUGACUUCCUUAACCAAUUGCAUAAAUUUAACAUAUCUUUUUCUAAAGUUUAACCCUCUAAAUGGCAUGCUUCCAGCCUCCAUUGGGAAUCUUUCCACAUCUCUUACAAGGUUUAUCGCUAGUAAUUGCAAAAUCAAGGGGCGAAUUCCAAAUGGAUUUGGAAACUUAAGUAGCUUAUUAACCCUGAAUCUUAAUGGAAACAACUUGGUUGGGUCAAUUCCCACAUCAAUUGGCAACCUGAGAAACCUUCAGGGACUGGGCAUACGGGAUAACAUGCUUACAAGAUUUUUUGGAGAUAGUUUAUGUAAAUUGCAGAGAUUGAGUGUUAUUUCCUUGGGUAACAAUCAACUUUCAGGAUCUCUUCCAAAUUGUUUAGGGAAUAUUACGUCCCUUAGGGAGAUAUCUCUGGGUUCUAACAAAUUGACUUCCAACAUACCAACAAGCUUAUGGAAUCUUAAAGAUCUACUGGUUCUUGACUUAUCGACAAACAACAUGAGUGGUUCUUUACCUCCUGAAAUUGGAAAUCUAAAGGCUUUGGCACAAAUGGAUCUAUCAAUCAAUCAAUUCUCAAAUGGAAUUCCUAGAGAAAUUGGAGGAUUACAAAAUCUGGAGAUACUUUAUUUGAGACACAACAAGUUACAAGGAUCUAUACCUGCCUCGAUGAGCAACAUGGUAGGCUUGGAGUUCCUAGACCUUUCUCAUAAUAAUAUAUCGGGAAUCAUUUCCAAAUCUUUGGAAAAACUUCAAAACCUGAAGUAUUUCAAUGUUUCUUUCAACAAAUUGUAUGGUGAAAUACCCUCGAGCGGUCCUUUCAAGAACCUUUCGAGUCAGUUUUUCAUCUACAAUGAAGCAUUGUGUGGUCCUUCAAGAUUUAAUGUCCCACCAUGCCCCACUUCAUCAAAACACAAAUCAAAUAGGAAAAAAAUGCUAGUUCUAUUUCUUUUACUAGGAAUUGCACUUGUAUUUGUUCCUAUCACCUUUGUGUCUAUAUGGAUAAGGUAUAGAAGAGGUAAAAGAGCUUCUCAAAAAGUUGAUUCAUUGUCUAUCGCAACAAGAGGAAGAAUUUCAUACUAUGAGCUGCUCCAAGCAACUGAUGCGCUUAGCGAGAGUAAUUUGAUUGGUUCUGGAAGUUUUGGCGCCGUCUACAAAGGCAUUCUAAGAAGUGGGACUCCUAUUGCAGUUAAAGUGUUCAAUCUGCAACUGGAAGCAGCAUUCAAGAGUUUUGAUACAGAGUGUGAAGUUUUACGCAGCCUUCGCCAUAGGAAUCUCGUAAAAGUCAUCACCAGUUGUCCUAACCUUGAUUUUAAGGCUUUAGUGCUUGAGUAUAUGCCUAAUGGGAGUCUUGAGAAGUGCUUGUAUUCACACAACAACUUCUUAGAUUUGAUGCAGAGACUAAGCAUAAUGAUAGAUGUGGCAUGUGCAUUGGAAUAUCUCCACCAUGGGUGCUCCUUGCCCGUGAUUCACUGUGAUCUUAAGCCUAGUAAUGUCUUGCUGGAUGAGGAUAUGGUUGCCCACCUAAGUGACUUUGGUAUUUCAAAACUGCUUGGUGAAGAUGAGAGUGAUUUAUACACAAAAACCAUAGCAACAUUGGGUUAUAUUGCACCAGAGUAUGGACUGGAUGGAUUGGUGUCAACAAAAUGUGAUGUCUAUAGUUACGGGAUCAUGUUACUAGAAACAUUUACAAGGAAAAAGCCUAAUGAUGAAAUGUUUGAGGGAGAUAUUAGCUUGAAGCAAUGGGUGAGUAAUUCACUCCUAGAGGCACCAAUGGAUGUUGUAGAUGCUAACUUGGUAACACCAAAUGAUAGUUACUUGAAGUUAGAUUGUGUGGCAUCGAUCAUGAAAGUGGCAUUAGAUUGUUGUGUUGAAUCUCCAGCAAGAAGGACAAACAUGAAAGAUGUUGUGGGAAUGCUACAAAAGAUCAGGAUUCAACUUCUCGCAUGUUGAAUAUGUUCUUGGAACUUCUUGUUCCAAAUUACUUGUUUUGUUGCAAAUUCUUGCUAUAUUAUUGUAUUGAUGUGAAGAAUGUAUUUCUAUUUUGGCACUUUUGAAAUCCUAAUUAGAAGAAAUCUUAUUAUUUCCUCUUAAAAUCAAUGUUGCAAAUUGGGAGACCACAAUCAAUUAAGGAAAAUAAUUCUCCAUA